GUAUUCCAACCUUCCAGAUGGAAGUGUGAACACCGGCAAUACGUAGUGCCAAGCUGCCACGUCUCAUUCGGAAUAUAGGGUCAUUGUUACAUUUCGGACCAGUAUCGCUUUCGACUUGGAUUCUGGCUCAUCGGCUACGUCCACAGGCCCGUUCAUCACAAACGAUUUCAAGCUUGCUGAACUGAGUACGAGACGCAGCCAUUUUGACGGAAGACGCUCGUAUUGACAGCUACUGAGAAGGAAGCUUAGCACCACGGGUCAUUGCAUCCGCCCACUGCAGGCUAUAGUUACAGCAAGACUUCCUAGUCAUUGGUAGAUUUCCAAAACAUGACGGAAAAAGACUUGCUCAGUAUUAGCUCCUUCGUUUUGCAAGUGCCACCACAUGAAUUUGAACCAAUCGAGAGGAAACAUGCAGACUGGCUUCAGCGGCUCAAAGGCACCACGCCAUGGGAGGCGGUCACGGUCAUCCAGGACGCUCUUCGAGCCAUUGAAGAACCGAGGCGGCGACUAAGGCGAGUGGCACGCAUGGGUUGCUGGCUGAUUCCGCACGACACGCUCGGGAGAUGGUCUCUGUACCGACACAAACACUUUGCAAGGUAUUGCUUCGUAACGGGACUCUACAGGAGCUUGGCGUAUGCGUUGGGUAGCGACAUGAUGACCAUAGGUCCGAGCCGGAGGAAUGCCCGCUGCUCGUGCAUUAUGGUGCAAGACCCGAAGUCCACGGAGGGAGACCACAAUUAUGCCUGCCUUUGCGUCUGGAACACGAUGCCGUUCCUGGCCGUUCACGCCACCGGAGAUAAGUUCGAGCCUGUUGUUAACGCUGCUGUGGGCGCGGUGAUGAGAACCCCUUCCGAGAAGCUCCGGCGUGGCACGUACCCUAGUCUACGCGCCGCUUUUGUUAGGGCCUGUAUCUACAUGGAGCCGGCCGUCGCGACAGAAAAUCUCGAGGAGGAUGGAAAAGAACAGUGGCUAUGGACGAGCCCUGACCGAAGUGACAAUUCCAGUGGAAAUCUAGCAGGGAGCGAAGAAUCCAGCUUUCUUGGACUUGAGUACCUGCUGCACAAGUUGCUGUCACCCGGUAAUAGCGAAGAUGGGCGUGAUGGAGUCCGGGACAAAUCUAAAUCAAUAUUUGAAGACGUCGCUUCCGACUAUUCGUCUUCGCAGUCAUCGGUGAUGUCAUGUCAAAGCUCACCCAAACAUGAAGACCUGGGCGUAUACCAGAGCAGAAGCAAGCUGUAUAUCCAAGAGACAACCAGGUCCAGCCAGAGUGGGGACGAAGGCGCAGCUGAAUGGCAAGAAAGAAAGUAUUUAAUUUGCAGGGAUUGCAAGACAUAUGACCUUGAAUGUCCAAGCCGUGCCCUCCAGUUAAAUACUGACGCUUUGCACACGUGGUACGUGUGCCCAGCCUGCGUGAAGUUUGAUACCUGGAGCACUACCUCUUAAAUGUGCGGCCAAAAGUACUCUGCAUUGCCAGCGAGUGCGAGAGUUUUGACAAAGCUACACGCAAAGACGUGCACGGCAUCGCAAGAGACAGUUGAAUGUAUUUGCAUGUAUAUAGAAGAGACAUGCACGACGUGGCCGCACACAAAUACGGCUGAAUUGUGUUUUAAUUAUCAUAUUUUAGAUGUGCAAGAAUUUACGAACACCGA